GUAGUACCCCACCGUGCUAUAGCCAGACAAAUCAUCCAUCAUGGCGAAUGCCCAAACACAGCGAGCGCUUUUCCUGCCUAGUCGAUGUGGGCAGAGAUUUUGAUAAGAUUUCAAAUCUCAGUAGAAACGGAAAUACGCUAGUCAACUAUCCCCGCGGGGAACGUGUUGCUUCGACGCUAGCCAAGGAUGAAUUCGAUGGGAAUCUCGGGGUAUUGACACCUUUGUCCCGUCCCCAUGGGCUCACUGAC